AUGUACUCGAAGAAAAACUCCUUCGGGCGUUCUGAUUUUCCGGAGGGUUUCCUCUUUGGGACAGCCUCGUCGGCUUACCAAUAUGAAGGAGCCAUAAACGAAGCUCCUCGCGGAGAGAGUGUUUGGGACACAUUUGUUCGCAAAUAUCCAGAGAGAAAUUGCUACUCUAACGCGGAUCAAGCGGUCGAGUUCUAUAACCAUUACAAGGAAGAUGUCCAGAGAAUGAAGGAUAUUAACAUGGAUGCUUUCAGAUUCUCUAUCUCUUGGCCUCGGAUUCUGCCUCUUGGAAAAAAAAGCAAAGGUGUGAACAAAGAAGGAAUCAAGUUCUAUAACGACCUAAUUGAUGAACUCCUAGCCAACGGAAUCACACCUCUCGCUACUUUAUUUCAUUGGGAUACUCCUCAAGCCCUUGAAGAUGAAUACAACGGAUUUCUAAGUGAACAAGCUAUUGACGACUUCAGAGAUUUCGCAGCCAUAUGUUUCGAAGAAUUUGGCGACCGUGUGAAACUGUGGGUCACACUAAACGAGCCAUGGGUCUACAGUAUUGGUGGUUAUGACACGGGAAGAAAAGCGCCCGGACGUGCCUCCAAGUACAUGAACGAAGGAGCCUUGGCUGGGGAAUCUGGCCUCGAGGUUUACACUGUUAGCCACAACCUACUAUUGGCCCACGCUGAAGCUGUUGAAGUCUUCAGAAACAAUCCCAAAUGUAAAGAUGGCAAGAUUGGUAUCGCCCACUGUCCCGUCUGGUUUGAGCCUUAUGACUCGAACUGCCCUGAUGACAAAGAAGCAUGUGAACGAGCCAUGGAAUUCAUGUUCGGAUGGCAUAUGGAUCCGACGGUGUACGGAGAUUACCCUGAAGUGAUGAAAAAAUCGAUAGGAAAGAGAUUACCCUCAUUUACCGCAGCCCAAUCUAAGAAGCUAAGAGGAUCUUUUGACUUCGUUGGAGUGAAUUAUUACAGUGCUUUCUACGUAAAAAGUAUUGCUGAAGUGGACCAUAACACUCCCAAUUGGAGAUCAGACGCACGCAUUGAAUGGAGAAAACAAAACAAAGCUGGACAGACAUUGGGUGUAAGAGGUGGUUCAGAAUGGGACUUUCUAUACCCUCAAGGACUUCGAAAGUUUCUAAAUUAUGCCAAGAACAAAUAUGAAAGCCCGAAAUUUAUGAUCACUGAAAACGGACAUUGUGAUAUGGAUUACGAGAAGAAACCAAAACUUUCAAACUUGAUGGAUCUCCAAAGGACAGAGUACCACAAGAAACAUCUCCAAAGCAUCCAACAAGCUAUUCAGGAGGAUGGGGUUCAAGUUGAAGGAUAUUUUGCGUGGUCGUUACUAGACAACUGCGAGUGGAACGCUGGUUAUGGAGUUCGAUACGGAUUAUUCUUUGUCGAUUACACCAACGGGCUGAAACGUUUUCCGAAAAUGUCAGCGAUGUGGUUCAAAGAGUUCUUGAAGAGAGAAGAAGAGAUUGAAGAUUCCGAGGAAGAAGAGUACUUGUUGAAGGCUGCAACGAAGAAGAGGAGAUUCUUAUUAGCAACUGGUUCGGCUUCAUGUUUUAUUCCCAAGAUGUCUGAAUCUUCGAAGGCCCUCGAACUAUUUUUCUAG